GGCCGCUAUUUGAAUUCAGUUUGUUGCUGGUGAUUUGUUAACUGAAGUGUGCGGGGACUUUGCGCGAUUUGCGCUCAUCUGAUUGAAGACAUGGACUUUUUUGAACACAUCAUUUUGGAUGAUAACAGCUCCGAAUCGGGCUCUGGAGACUUUGACAUGUUUGAUGGCUUUUGUGACAUCGCAGUCAGCAAUUACUUUGCGAAGAUCUUCCUCCCUACUGUAUAUGGGAUUAUUUUUGUCCUUGGAAUUGUUGGCAAUGGACUUGUGGUGCUCGUGAUGGGCUACCAAAAGAAGUCUAAGAACAUGACCGAUAAAUACAGGCUGCACCUCUCCAUCGCUGACCUUUUGUUUGUGGUAACUCUGCCCUUCUGGGCUGUGGACGCAGUCAGCGGAUGGCAUUUCGGGGGCUUUCUCUGCGUCACUGUCAACAUGAUCUACACUCUGAAUCUGUACAGCAGCGUGCUCAUCCUGGCCUUCAUCAGCCUGGACAGAUAUCUGGCCGUUGUCCGUGCCACGAAAAGCCAGACGUUCAGGAAACUUCUGGCAGAGAAAGUGAUCUACCUCGGAGUUUGGCUGCCCGCUGCCCUGCUCACCGUGCCUGAUCUUGUGUUCGCUAAAGUCCACGCCACUGGCGAGAACACGAUCUGCACGCAUACCUAUCCGCAGCAGGACAUUGUUGCGUGGAAGGCUGCUUUCCGUUUCCAGCACAUCAUUGUUGGCUUUUUGCUCCCAGGUCUGAUCAUCCUGACCUGCUACUGUAUCAUCAUCUCCAAACUGUCCAAGAACUCCAAGGGUCAGGCCGUGAGGAAGAAAGCAUUGAAAACAACUGUCAUCCUCAUUCUCUGCUUCUUCAUCUGUUGGUUGCCCUACUGUGCCGGCAUCCUGGUGGACACUCUGAUGAUGCUGAACGUCAUAUCUCACAGCUGUUUCCUGGAACAGAGUCUGGAGAAAUGGAUCUUCUUUACCGAGGCGCUCGCUUACUUCCACUGCUGUCUGAACCCCAUCCUAUACGCUUUCCUUGGAGUCAAGUUCAGUAAAUCUGCCCGUAGCGCUCUGAGCAUCAGCAGUAAAACGAGUCACAGGAUGCUGACCAAGAAAAGAGGCCAAAUUUCAUCUAUAUCGACUGAAUCAGAGUCAUCCAGUGUCCUUUCUAGUUAAUAGACACUGUGUAUAUAAAACUUUUUUUCUACGUGGUUGACUAAGCUUUAAUUUCAGAAAGACUUUACUACACUUUGUACAUUCGUGAACACUUAUGUUGAUGUUUGUUGUUUUCAAGACAUUUCUGAACAUUUUGUUCAGUUACCUAAAUUAAUCUUUAUACAUUUGAAUACUUUAGUACUUUAAAAAAAAAUUAUUACAAGACCUAAAGGCAGAGCCUUGAUAAAGUCUGUAUAUUUGCUAUUUCAGGAAAUAUUAGCAAAAUGUUGCAUAGUUUUUUGUCUUGUUUAAAUUUUUUGUGUAAAUUAUUUGUACAUAGUUCAUUGUUUGCUGUGUGUGUGUGUGUGUGUGUGUGUGUGUGUGUGUGUGUGUGUGUGUGCACUUAGCUUUUGCAAUUCUCUGAGAAACUUUUGGAUAUUUAUUAAAAUGGUAGCUCACACUGUAAUUUUUUAAAAAGAUUGUUUGUAAUUUAAGCAUGUAAAGAAUUGUUGCAUUUUAUUUGCAUUUCAUAAUUAAACCUUAAAAAUCACCACUUUAAA